UUCAGGACAUAGCCUUAUGGGCUUGUGUUGUGGUCAAAACGUGAUCACACAAUCGUUAAAGACAUUACGCAACGGCACAAUUAAAAUCGAGUUAAUUUACUAAUUAAAUUAAUCACUACGUAGCCAUGCGUGUCGAAAAUCUCACUGCUCUGGGAUUAGUUCAUUGACAAGAAAAUAAGCUGCAAGCAAAAGUAGAGAAAUUAAGGAUGUUUACGUCAUUGGAUACUCCGUCAUUGUUACGAUUGGUUGGACAAACAUUUUUAUUGCUCGGACUACUUUCUUUCAUCAUUCAAUGGCUUAAACCACGUAUAGAGAAACUACUGUGUAGGAAUACCAAAUCGUCAGAAUCACAAGAUAUUCAAGAAUUACAAGCCUCAGAAAAGCAUAAAUUAAACCAGGACAAAAUCCGAUCCACUCAACAAGAAGAACAUUUAGAAAAGGCAGCAAGUUACAGUGAAAGAAUACUCAUACCCCGAGAGAAAGAAAAAUUAAGACGUAAAGAGGAGGAAUAUCAAAAAUUCUUGUCACCUUCAUGGAAAGGUGAAGGAACAAUAUUAGGGGGUGUGAAACCUAGUGAUAAUGAAACAGAUGAAGAUCCGUCACCAUCGUUAACGGCGGCACAAAACCGUCAGGCAGCACAACCGAUACAACAAGAUGCUGUAAAAUCACCACCAACUCAAACAAAGCAAAAACGAGUUAUUGUUUUACCCCCUGAACCCGAAGACAAGGGAGAUAAUAUUGUUUUAGUCAAGUUACGCACACCAAUUAGAUCUGUUUGUCAACGUAGAUUUCUAACCACCAAUACUGUACAGGAUGUUUUGGAUUACAUGACAACUGUUGGUUACAGUCAGACAUUUUACACCUUAGCGAUGACGUAUCCGCGCGCCAUUCUCACCGACCAAUCAAAUCAAACACUGGGUGACAUGGAUUUCUCUCCACAGAUAACCCUGAAUAUAGAGGAAAAAGACUGACAUUGAGCCGGAGCGGGGAGGAAGCUUCAAUUUCUACCAAGAAAAUAACGAGAAUUCAAUUUAAUAUGCCUGUAUUAACCUUUUAGAACUUCGUGCAUGUAAAUAUUGACCCUGAGAAAUGUGCCUUUUUUACAUUCAGUUUUGUACCUGAUUAUCGAAACCUCUCAAAACCACUGUUAGUUAAUCAAAUGUCUGGCGUUAUAGGGUCAAAAGCAGCUUGUAUGACCCCUGACGCGACCUCCCACUACAACUGGUCAGAUCUUCAUGUAGUCGAGGUAAUCAAAAGUUUAAAAAAACGAAACAAAAUGUAGAUCUGUAUUUUAAUCAGAUUGGUUUAGUUAAGGCCCUUAUUGGGCUUCUUUUGUAAUUGUGAUGGGUUUUUUUAUAUAUCUGUAUAUAAAUCCUUCAUAGAAAAGAUAUGUUUGAUAUUUUUCAUGUUUUUUUUAUUAUUAAAUAUAUAGAACACAAUAUAUACUAAACAUACAUUAUGCAAGAGCUAAAUCUGUCUACUGCAGGUCUUUCUUUAGGCCUAAAAUGUUAUCUAAAUUAUUAAUUAGACAUUAAUUAACUUGCCAAGACCAUAAUCAACUCUCGAUGGCAUCAGAUACUUGAGAUUUUAACUAGAUUAGAACGGUUCACCAUUUAAAUUUUUUUAUAAAAAUGGGAAAGCGAGGCUAAGUCAAUAUACCAGUGCCCUGGUUACCACAAUGCACACAUCAAUAUGUUCAUUUUACAUUAUCUGUUUUCGAACUAUUAUAGUAAGAAUGGUCAGCUCUUUAUCUAAAUCUUACAUAAUGUAUCUUUAAUUGACAAUGUUUUUCUAAGGUUCUAUUCAGGGUUAUUAAUCCAUUUUGAAAUGGGGGGGUUGGGGCAGAAUGGUUAACGUGUGCGCGUUGUAUCAUAAGGUCUGUUAUUGAGUCAACUGGCUUGGUUUCGAUUCCCCAGUUGUAUGUGACAAAGAGUAGGGUCCAAAGAGUAGGGUCGCCUUCAAACCUCGUUGAUUUUCACCAGGUCCUCCGGUUUCCUCCCACUGCUAAAGAUCCCUACGCGCAAGCAAAUUAUUGAAAUAAAAUUGAACCAUGUGUUAGUCCUGAAAUGACCUAGUUUCUCUCUCUCUCUCUCUCUCUCUCUCUCUCUCUCUCUCCCCCAUUUUGAAAUGAACUGGGUCAAACAGGAUGUUUGUUUUUGUAAGGUGCUAAUGAUAUACAACAACAUCUUGAAAUAGAUUUCUUUGUGAUAAUUUUGUUAAAAUAAUAAAAGGUUUUUUUUGUUA